AUGCCUCCGCCACGUACUUGGCGAGACGGCAACCGGGACCCAGCCCGGGAAGCUCCUGUAAGCGAGACCUACAGCAGCAGCGAGGAGGAGGCGGAAGAAGCCGAAGAAGAAGCUCCCGAGGGCGACGCCACAGUGCGCCCUGGAGCUCCCCCUCCGAGCGGUCGGGUGGCCAAGAAGAGCUCAGCGCCACCACCGCCCCCAGCUGCAGCUGCUAGCACGCUGCCUCCGACGGCGGUGCCGGUAGCGGGUCUGGGAGCCCCGCCGGGACCACCACCGCUCCCGGCUUCUCCGGGCCAGCCGACGACCAUCUACCCCGAUGGGACGGCCCAGCAGGGACUGUACACUGCCACGGGACAGUUCAUAGGGUACUUUCGGGUGCCUGUUGGAGUGCCCAUGGUGAUCCCUCCGAGGGUUCCAAUGGAGGCCAACGGAGAGGCUAGUGCGGCCGCCUCUCCAGGCCCAGCGGCUCCCACAGCCGCGGCGGCCACUCCGGAGCCCACGGCAGUGAAGGCUGAGCCUGAGGAGAAGGAGCCACGGCACCCCAAGGACAAAGGGGACGCCAAGAGGGCCAAGGAAGGCCGAGAGCGCCCCGAGAAGGAGAGCGCCAACAAGAAAGACAAGAGGGACCGGGACCCCAAGAAGGACAAGAAGGACCGGGACCCCAAGAAGGAGAAGAAGGACCGGGACAACCAAAAGGAGAAGAAGGAGACCCGGGCACCCGAGCCAAAGGCGUAUCCCCUCAAGAAGGACAGAGGGGACGGCCGGGUGAAGGAAGAGCCCAAGGAGCCUCGCGAGCGCAGAAGCCCCUCUUUUGAGCGUGAGUUCUGCCGCAGGCGAGGGCGAAGUCGGGCGCUUGGAAGCCGUAUAACGAUACCUGGUUCGAUUAUGACGGCAGAGAUGAGCGCCUGUACCCAGAGGAGGCGAGGAGGCGACGUGGUGGACCUCCCGCUCCUCGCACCCCGCCUCGAGGCAGGACCCCAGGGCGUCGCGCCCCCUUCAACCCUUACGAGGGUGACGAGGAAGAAGGCGACCCUGGUGCCUCAGGCAGUGCGGGCCCAAGCGCAGGGCCGGCUUUCGACUCCUCUCAGAGUCCGAUGUCGGCACCGCCACGUGUCCCAGGACUGGGACCAGGGUCGUGGGCUUGGGUGCCGCCCGGCGAUGGACCUGGCUACUGGUUCUUCGGAGCCACAGCGCCGGGACGACUCCCGGGACCGGCGCGGGGACUCCAGGCCCCGUACCCCGCCGAGGCGUCCCAAGGGCAAAAGGGGAAGAAGGGCAAGCCCGCGCACAAGGGCAAAGACAAGAACCGGAAGCGCGGCUGCAAAGGACCCCCCGGCGCCGGCAAAGAAGAAGAACAGGCCGGGCAAGAAGCAGCGCGAGAGGCGCAAGUACGCGGUGAGGCGCGACCGAGGCUCGGACAGUCGCGCCAGCCCCGAGAAGAAGCGCCCGCGCAAGACGGCAAAGAGUGAGGAGAGCCCUCCACUGCCGCCUCCGGCGACUCCUCCGCCGGAGCCCUCUCCCACGUCCCCGGCGGACCGCCCGCCAGCUCAGCGUGCAGAGCCGUUGCGUGCUGCCCAAGCAGCCCCGGCCAAGGCACCGAGCAGGCCGGCGAGCAAUCGCUCGCACGGCAAAGCGAGCACUGGCUCGCAGGGCAUGCCACGCGAUGGUGCGCCGGUCAAGGCGGGCGGUCCUCCACUGCCCCCGCCGCUCAGUGACCGCAUCAUCGACGACCAUGCCGUCACGCUUUUGGGGAACCGCAGCUCACGCUCGCAGCGUUCCGACCAGGAGUGGAAUCCCAAGAAGGGGCCUGCCCCAGGGAUCCACUGGCGUGGAGGCGCUCCCCCACAACCACCAAAAUACGACGCCUCUGCUCGCGACGUAGGGUCCUUCGACCGCUACGCGCGGAGGGUCAGGUUGUGGUCGCGGAGGGUCGCAGCGUGGAUGCCUGAUGGGGACGCGGCCCUGCUCCAGCUGGAGUUCGUGCCCUUCUCCACCAUCGAGGAAGGUGGCGUAGAGGGCGUUCUCAAGCGCUUGGAGAGCGCCGCCUCGGAUGCCCUGGUGUACCGCAAGCACCACUACCUCCGUGCGUGGGAGAGCAUCCGGAGGCACGGCGGCGAAUCCAUGCGGGCCGGUCACCUCGGGGUCAACAUCCAAGGGAUGUACUCCGGUGAAGCCUUAGGGCACCGGCUGCUGGAGCGCUCUGGGCUUACGAGCGAGCAGGCGCGAAUGGUGCUCAUCGCCUCCGGCCAGAGCUUCGAGUGGAUCCCGAUCCGUGACUCUCUGCUUCUGCAGUAUCCGGACACCCUUCCUGUUCCCCCCAUUGCUGGCGGCCAAGCAAAAGGGCGUGAGAAAGGAAAGGGCAAGGACGCGAAGCGGGUACACCUCACGGAGGCUCCCGACGAGGCCACCGGAGAGGCUGCUGAGCCCCAGGCCGAAGACGCCGAGCUCGAGGAAAUCUCCAAGGCCAUGGAGGUCCUCACACACGAGGAAGCUCCUCACGAGGGCGGCUACGAGGAGCCGCCGCCCGACGAGCAGGCCUACGACGACCAACCCUACGACGAGUACUACGACGCUGCCGAGGGCCAAGCGGAGGAAGACGGACAGGGCCAGGAGACCCACGAGUCCUACUUUGUGUGGAUGACCACCCUCGAGGAGUGGAUCCCUCCGCAGGUCUCCCAGGUGCUGACCAACGCACCGGAGACGGCCGCCGGCCUCAUGAUCGUCGACACUGCCUGCCAGAAGACCUGCAUCGGCAGGAAGGCCUACCUGGCCCACUGUGCGACCUUGCGCCCUUUUGGCCUGAGUUGCAAGUGGCUGCCGGAGUCCGAGCGCUUCAAGUUCGGCGCAGGCAAGCCGGCGAUGAGCUCUGCCUCGCUGGCGAUCCCCGCAGGCAUCGACGGCAGGCCCAUGGUCUUGGUGGCCUCCCUGCUUGCCGCGGAGAUCCCGCUGCUGGCGUCCCUCAAGAUGCUGAAGCAGCUUGGAGCGGUGCUCGACCUCCCUUCUGAGAAAGCCUUCCUCGGCUCCCUCCAGAUCGAGGUCCCCCUCCACGUGACAUUGGGCGGACACCUCGCCAUCUGUGUCACGUCUUUUCCUGUCGACGGACUUCCGUGCGACCUGGACCGGUGGCACUACCGACGUGCCCCGACCGAGGAGGUGCUUUUCGGCCCUGCAAAAAGCGAACAGAGCGCUGCAAGUGCCGACAACCACGGUCUGUCUGAGAGUGAAGCACUUCAAGUGAGAGCCUCUGCUGAACCCCUCUCCUGCAAGUGGCGUGGUAGCCCCGACCAGCUGCCAUUGCACGGACGCGUAGCGCCCCAGCCCCCGCUCUGGCUGUGCGCAUGGCGUCGCCUCCUGGUGGAGGUCCUCACCUUGAGGAGCCGCCUCGUGGUGCUGAUGCGCCAGAGCUGCCGGCUCGAAGUGGACUGGGCGAGGAACAUGCUGCAGGCAUCGAUCCCCCCAGCGACGGUCACCGCGGCAAACUGCACGCAUCCGACCAACGAGAUCAACCGCUACGGGAACGCAACCGGCAGGUACGCCCUGUGCAGGGUGUGCGGUACCCGGUGGAAGUGGCAAGAAGACCCCGCUGGCUGGGUCUACUGGCCUCAGUCACGUGGGCGGUCUACUCUGCCCUUGCCAACGCCGACUACGGUUGUGGCCCCGAACACGGCCCCCGGAGUUCGACCUGUCGAGCCUCGCAUCGGGGAUGAGCUACGAGCCGGAAGACUCGAGCGAGCACGAGUUCUACGACUGGACUCGGACUUCCUGAAGACCGGUCAGAGGAAGCGGUUGGCGGGAGUAGCUCGGAAGGCAGGGGCAGCCUUGGGACUGGAGCUGUCCACGCUCCGUGCAGAGCUGGCCAAGGCCGUCACGCCGUGUGACAGCAAGGGCAACGUUGAAGCCCUCGGCCUCAAAGGUGUGGAGGAGACCUGGGACGUCGCCUCUCACCGCGGCCGGAAGAAGCUCACGGAGGCACUGGACUACUACAAGCCUUUAGUCCUGGCCGUGAGGCUUACGAGCUCCCCGGCUCACUCGGACCCGGAAGUGAGCAAGGCUGCGCUCAAGGCGCUAGAGAAGCAGCAAAGACGAGGUCACUACUGGACCCUGAUAGCUCCCCCGGACCACACGGUGUGGAGCAAUCAGAACGUCAGCAGGCUUCUCAGCAGCAGCCAUGCACACGUGACCCAGGCAGAGGAAAGGGUUACAGCUAACCACGAGUGGCUGGCUCAGCCUACCCCCGAAGCGACUCCGGCUGGACUUGCUUACCGCGUCCGCCGAGUUGUGCGCGAGUUGGAGCCUACACGGUUCCGCCGCAGCGUCCGCUUCGCACCCCUGCCUGCGGACGACCGAGAAUGGCGUGGUGUGAUGGAUCAAGUGGAGCAGGUGUUUCGCACAAGCGCCUCCCCUCAGAUCACCCUCACACCCGGUCACGAGAUCUGGAAGCGGAUUUCGGAAAUGAUCCCCUGGCGGAUUGAGCGAGUUCAGCUCGCCAAGGCGCCUAAGGCGCGGCGCUUCCCUCGAGACAUCCCCUUCACUCACCGUGCCACCGUCCUGCUCUACAACGACGACGAAGUGGCCUGUGAAUCGGAUGACGUCGCCAAUAUCGCCUUCCCUCACCAGCGGUUUCCUAAACCCGUGAGAUACGCUAUAUGCGUCUACGGCGAUGCGCCUGAGGAUCCAACCGAUGUCCCAGCGCCCCCUCAGCCGACAGGGACCCCUCCGGUUGACCCGGACGUUCCGCCUGAGGAAGUGCACGGCGCGGACAUUACCUUUCCGAACUGCAAGGCACCGCGGGAGAUAAAGCGGGCAGUGGCACGCCUACAUGUGAACUUGGGACACCCGUCAAGUGCGGACCUUGUCCGAAUGUUGGCACAGAACGGCGCCGUCACGCCCGAGGCCGUCUCCGCGGCAAAAGCACUCACAUGUGCCUCAUGCCUUCGCAUGCGCGGAAACGCUCCCCCGCGACCUUCUCGACUCGUGGACCGCUUCGUCGGACAACUGGGAGACUGUGUCCAAAUGGACAUCUUUUACUCGCGGACCGUUGACGGCACGAACUACCCACUCCUGGGGAUCGUCGACGAGGCGACAAACCUCCAGCAAGUGUGCGUGUUGAAGGUCACCUUAGACCAGGACGGCGCGUUUAUGGGUGACUUCUGGACGUACCUCGUCGACAACUCAACGGAGGUGGACUACGUUCCCGCCGAGGCACACCACCGCCUGGGCAAGGCGGAACGGUGCAACGCGGUCUACCGCGAGGUCCUCAACCGAGUUGUGGAUAGCAUGGCGGCCGCUACGCCGGAGGACUUGGAGAUGGCGGUGGACGCAACCACGCAUGCCAUCAACUCCAUGCCCCGUUCCCGCGGACUCUCAGCCUGCGCUAUCGUGUUCGGACGCAUUCCCCGCGUCCCGGCGGAGCUCCUGACUGACGACUCGUCACUGGCGGCCAACAUUCCGUUGGAAGAGCACAACCGCCACACGAUCGUCUACAGAGCUGAGGCUCAGAAGGCAGCGGCGCAGGUCAACGUGGACCAACACGUCCGACGCGCCCUCCUUCGCAAAACCGCGCACAUGCGGAUAGAGGACAUCUCGCCCGGCGCCAAGUGUGCCGUCUGGCGGUCCCAACUUCGCGGAAAAGGCCCCCGCAAACGCGGCGGUUAUGUCAUCGGCAGGUUGGUUACCUUCGAUGGACGUUGCGCGUGGGUGCAACUGGGCACUCAGACGGUGAAGGUGGACAGGAACCAGCUGAGGCCAGCCUAUGGUUUCGAAGCCUGGUCCCCCACCGACGAAGACAUAAAGGCCCUCAAGAACGCCGAAGCUAACCUUUUGAGCGGCGAGGUGGAAGACUGGCAGGGUGAAGCGCCGCCAGACGACGAACCCCUGUUUCCGGAACUGGAGUUUCCACCUGAGCCGAGCGAGGAGCAAGUACAGUCCGCCUUGGACGGCACCGACGGCGCCGACCUGGCGGCCCUGGCAGACACAGCGGCAGCGAGCGCAGCCUCUGCGCCCCCGCUACCUCCUCCGGCUUACUCGCCACCGGCUUCUGAGGUCCCUCUGCAAGACGACUCUGAAAUGGCAAGCCAAGGUACCAAACGUACAGUCGAGAGACUUUCUGCAGCACCCUCGACUCCUGCAAAGCGGAUAUCCAGGUUGAGCAGCCAAGCGACCUUGAUCUGCGAGUCCGGAGAGGUGUUCCUAAGGCCACCUGGCUGGGAUGGUACCGACUGGGAGCCCGACCAUCGGGGAGACCUGGCAUCUCUUCCCGAGGUGUUCGCUUCAGAACACCGAGAGCCACCUAUCCAGGGUGCGGAGGACGACGGCGUGGAAGACUGUCAUCCGUCCUGGAGAGUGUGCUACGUCGGCGACCAAAAGCAGCUCGCCAAUGUCAACAAGAUGACUCGCAAAGAGGUGAAAGCCCUUAAUCGGGAGAUCCCCUGGCGAGAAAUCUUGAAGCAGCCGCGUGUGGUUUUCGACAAGUACGUCGAAGCCGCUCGCAAGGAGCACGAGCAAUGGGGCACUUGGGCACCAGUCCGACCCCUUAGUGACGCAGAAGCCAACGCGGUCCUCAAGGACCCGCUUCUGAGAACCCGCGUUCUCAAGUCACGCGCGUGCUACCGCGACAAAGCGUGCGGCCAAGGCGCUUUGCAGGCCAAGUGCCGUGUGGUGGUCCUUGGUCACCGUGAUCCCGACCUUCACGCGAUCAGCAGGGACGCACCAACGCCGACACGCCUUACAGAGCACAUCCUCCUCGCGGUGUAUAUUAGCGGACGAAACCGUUCGUUUUUACGGAACCGCCGAGUGUGGAGACUCUGGAGCGCCGAUGCCACCACGGCAUUCCUCCAAGGGAGGCAGAAUGAAGGAGAGCGACCCAAUCGCCUCUUCAUGAUGUCUCCGAGAGACCCAAUACUGGAGAAGGCCGGAGCCUUCCCCGCCACCAUCUACGAGGUCACUGGAUGUUUGGCGAACGCGCCACGCUUGCGGUCUCUCGAGGUAGGCAAGCGACUACUCGCGGCCGGGUUUCGACCUCACGCCCUUGACCGGAUGUGCUUCCUGCACUACGACAAGGAAGGUUGUCUGGACUGCAUAGCGUUGGUGUACGUGGACGACUUUUUAGUCACUUAUGCCGACCAUUUUGAUUUGACGGUGCUGACGCGCCUCUUCAAGUGGGGCAAGACCUCCUUCGACACCGACGUGAUAACCUUCAAAGGAAAGCAGCUCCGGACGGUCAAGGAAAACGGUGUUUUUGUCCUCCGGGUGACGCAAUCGGAGUACAUCCGUACUCUUGCCCCCGGGAAGGUGACUCGCCAACGAGGCCGUGAAGACCCGAAGCUGACUGAAGCUGAGCUUUCGGAGUUCCGCUCCGUCUGUGGAGCACUCCAGUGGCUCGUGGGACAGACGCGUCCCGACGGUGCUGCUACGGUUUCUUUAAUGAACCGCGGCAACGACUCCACCCUCAGUGAGCUCAAGCAGCUGUACGCCCUGUCGGAGUACUUCGCUCGUACCCACAGCGAUGGGCUGGUCUUCCACGGGAUCCCCAUCAACGAGCACAGCAUCAUCGUGAGCUACGGUGACUGCUCAUGGGCGAAUGCCCAGGAGUACAAAAGCCAAGAAGGCCUCCUUGUGUGUCUCACGACACCGGACGCGCUGACAGGCAAUGCCCCCGCCGUGCUUCUUGACUGGAAGAGCACCCGCACUCCACGUGUGGUGCGCUCCACUCUGGCUGGUGAGGCAUACGCCGCAGAUGACUCGAUCGAUAGAGGCGUCCUGGCAAACCAGAUGUUCUCUGAGAUUAUUUUCGGGUGUGAAGCUAACCCCGUCACCAAUCUCAAGACACUGCGUCACUGCCACGCCACUGAUUGCAAGUCUCUGUACGACGCCGCCAUCGCCGCUAACUUCAAUACUGAGGAAAAGCGCGUUGGCCUGACGAUCAGAGCGGUUCAGGAAACCAUUGCCCCUCAAGACAUGCGCUGGGUUCCUACGACCGCCAUGUGGGCAGAUGGUCUGACCAAAGUCUCUGACAGUCUGCGCGAGACCUUCCGCAACUGGCUCCGACAGCCGACGGUUCAGCUGAGGUCCGACGCCUAA